AUGACGAAGAACAACGGCAACGAUCACAUCAUACCCAAGUGGAAUGGAGAUCUCACCACGGUGGACGAUUACGAGAGAGACGUCAAAGCCUACAUCCGAGGGACGAGGCGAGAUGAACGAUAUGUGUGCGGCCCACGUCUAUGGAGACGACUAGAAGGUCGAUCCCGACAAGCCGCUAAGGACGUAGACUGGGACCGCAUCGAGAAAGACGACGGAGCUGCCGAGCUACUCCGACAUGUUCGAGCGAAGCUCGGAGCUCAGCCCAUCCAGGAUGCUGGCAAGUAUUUAGCGAGAUUGCUAUUCGACUUACGCCGAGACACAGGAGAGCCGAUGCCGAGUUAUAUUAGCAGAGACGACGAGGCCUACCAUGACGUUGUGAAAGGGUUUGACACCGAGUAUUUCAAGAAGCAGCGUGCGGCCCGACUCUCCGAGAUAUCAAAGUUGUGGAACACCCUCUAUAGUGAGCUGAAGUGGUUUCUUUACAAGAUCGAGCACGAGGGCCCAGAGGAUGCGGCCGAAGUGGCGAAGAACCUCAACUGGCGGCUCUGGAGUUUUGUCAGCAACGGCCUGGAGGAGAUCCCCGAGCAUCCAGAUUUCGGUACCGACUUUAAUCAGGCGAUUCCUCUGGACCAACUGCGUGGAUGGUUAUUGCUGCAGAGAUCAAGAUUGUCCCCGACCGAGCGUGCAGCAGUGAUCAGCGCAUUGACGAAUCGCGACAAGAAGACAGGCAAGGACAACCAUCGUCAUCGAGAGCGAGGUCGAACCCACGCCGGCUGGGAGGAGAACAGCGAGGACGACGACGACUACAGCUACUACGAUGGAGAGCAGUCGGAGGUCUCCUACGAGGAUGGCGACGGCGACGAGGACGAGGGAGAUCCCGAGGAGCCGCUCUACAGCGCCCAGGAGAUCGAGGACGCCGAGACCGCGUUCGCCGCCCAGCAGCGCAGCUUCGAGGAAGCCCGAGACCUCCUUCGACGAGUCAAGACAGCAAGGAAGUUCUACCCCGACAGCGCAAGUUUCAAGGGCCCCGGGCUGGAUCCCGAGGCUCUGGCUCAUCGAGCAAAGGACGAGGCCGAGGGGGCGGGCAGCGACGUGGCGGACCUCCUCGACGAGAUGGAGAUCGCCCCCAAGGAUGCCGAAAUGGAGGCCAACCUCAUUACGAACGAGACGACCCGCAUUGAGCUGGAGAAUGCGAUGUUCCCCAAGCCGGUGAUAAAGAACAAGCCGAAGCGGGAGAAGAGGCAGCUCGACAAGACCCGGUAUCUUCAGGUGGAGAAGUCCAUCGAGAUGCGAGAGCGAGUUGAGCACGUCAAGCUGCCGAGCUGGCCUACACUGGAGAAGCUCGACGACUGGAUCCUCAUGAGUGUGAAGCAGAGCUCCUCCAAGGGUUUCGGAAUUCUGGACAUUGGCGCGACCUCCAGCAUCAUGGGCAUAGAAGCCGCCGAGAAUCUACGCGACAUCAUUUACGAGCAGACGGGCCAGAACAUCAAGAUGGACGUCAGCCAGAAGAGUACGUUUAUAUUUGGCGAUGGCAACUCCAAGACCUGCACCGGCAAGGCUACCUUUCCUCUCAAGAUUGCUGGCGUGGACGGCGAGCUCGAGAUCCUCGACGCAGAUGCCCCGCUCUUGAUCGGAGUGGAUGUCCUGAGCCGCCUGGGGGCUGUGAUCGACUGCGAGGCACAUUCUGUUUGCUUCAAGAAGCUCGGCCCCAGAUCAUGGAGCCCUGCAGGCCUCAAGCACCUCAUCAGCACUUACGAGCACGGGGACAUCCUCAUUACCUACAGCUCUGAUUUCGGCAACCAGAUUGCUUUCCAUAUUCGCAUGAGCCUCAACCGCGAGACGAAAUGCCGCAAAGCCGAGAGCCAGCAAGCGAAGCUGGAGAACGAGGAGAUGGACGGCCCCUGGGAGCAGGUGGACGUUCGAGUGCCUCUGGAGGACUCGGGGGCAUCGGCGACGGGCCGCUCACCGACGUCGACGAGGUCUACGCUGCAACGGAUAUUGCCGCAGGGGCGACUGAUCGCUCACCAGGACACGAAGGGCAACAUCUUCUACGCGGUCGAGAGCUCGGGGCUGGACCACAGCAAGAAGCGGAUGACGGACAUCUUCCUGCUGGAGUAUCUGCCGAAUUGGGAGAUGUGGUCCAGCAAGCUCCUCCGGCAGUGGACACAGUGCCGCCGCUGGGGGCGGGUCAUCCAGAAGGUCUUUCUCAAGACGAUCGACCACGUGAACUGGCAGCUGGACAGUCUCGGCCUACCUGUGCAGCUGCUACCAGAGAAGUACCCGACCUGGCCGACGGACCUCGAGCACCGUGCGAUGAUCGAGCAGUGUCCGCCGAGCUCGAAGACAAAGAAACGUCCCCAGAAGUCGACAGCCGCGGCCGCGCGCGAGCAGAAUCAAGAGCUGCGGGCCACCAUCGAGACCGCAAAGUCCGAUUUCUUGACCAAGUUUGCGGAGGUGAGUGCGUUUGCAGCGCUGAGCUCAGAGCAGAUCCACGAGCAGCUCAGCAUUGUCACGCUGGGCAACCACCUCAGGCCCCUGUGCAAGAUGUGGGGAUUGACCCAGUCGGGCAAGAAGGAGGAGGUGGUCGACAAUAUCAUAGCGUACAUCAUCGAGCAGCGCGGCUCGGCGGCAGCGACGAUCAAGAUCGAGAUGGAGACCGAGACGAAGAAGGCGGAGAAGGCGCCGACGACCAUAGGCCCGGCGAUCCCAGCUCACUACACGCAGAUGUGCCAGCACCCGGACUGCAAGCUAUGCCGAGGCAUCGCGAAGAACGAGCCGAUCGUGAAGGUGAAGCCCUACGGGUGGUGCCACCAGGCAUGCGCUGCCAGAUCAGCCAUCUUCGGAGCUAUGUGCGCCCUCACGACCUUCGGCCGCUUGACGAUGGUCGAUGCGCGCACCCACGAGGACUCGAACCUCGGGGAGGUGUGCGACGAGAAGGGCUACCACUACGAGCGCCUCGGUCUGUUCAACGAGAACGACCUCAGCAAGCCGCAGGGUUACCGCACGGCGAAGUUCCUGCUGGACGAGAAGCGCCCAAAGCUCUUUGUCAGCACUCCACCAUGCGGGCCCUGGUCGAUGAUGCAGAACGUCAACCAGCGCGACGACAGGCAGAGGGAUAAUCUUCGCAGGAAGCGCCUCAAGAGCCAGCGGAUCUUUGAGAACAACAAGAGGCUCAUAGAGCACCAGGUGCUCAACCUGAACGGCUCGGCCCUCGCCGAGCAGCCACACAACAGUCGGUCGUGGCAAAAGACCUGCUGGAAGGACCUCCACAAGAUACUCCCCUACGAGGUGAUCGUGGACGGCUGCGCCUGCGGACUGAGAGCUCCCGACACAGGCGAGCUCAUGAAGAAGCGCUGGAAGUUUCUCGCUAACGACGAGGAGAUUGAGAGCAGCCUGAGGACUGAGGCUUCGGGCUACUACCCCAAGAUGCUGUGCCGCCGGAUCCUCCGGGCUCUGACCCAGAGCCAGAACCAGAACUACUUCGAGGGCGAGGUUGUGAAGUGCCUCUGCAUGGCAGCUACCCAGCAGCCACCGACGGAGCCUACGCUUGUGGAGGAUGAGCCGACGAUUCCACCUCAAGACGGCAAGGAGACUCACGACCUCACCAAAGAGACGAUCAAGAAGAUAGAGAGCUACAUCAGGCUGGUGCACACCAACCUUGAGCAGCCACAUAAUGGUCACGAGGUUCUCUUCGACGCCUUCUCAUGGAUCCGUCGCAGCAAGAAGACGAACGUGAUGGCGCUGGCGAUCCUCGACGCCGGCUCAGACAUCCUCUACGUGCGACUGAUCGACGAGAAGGAGAUCCCGGGUACGACUCGACAAGUUCGUGCCGGCGACCUUCGACAUAUUUUUGCGACAAAAUGGUUUUCUUGGAUGGGGCGCCCGAAGGUCAUGCGCUACGAUCCCGCUGGCAGCGCCAUCUCCAACGAGUUCCGCGAGUGGAUGGAGAGCCAGGGAGUCUACUGUCUUCCAUGCAUGGCCGACGCCCACUGGCAGAUCGGCAAGAUUGAGCGCGCGAUCGAAGCUUUCAAGGAGGCCCUCGACGCUUUCGACGAGAUGGUCUCAGCUGAAGUGCCUACCAGCGAGAUGAUUGGACUCCAGACAGCUGCCAGGAACGACCUGAUCAGGAUUGAUGGAUUCAGCCCACUGCAGCGCUGUGCCGGACGGACCCCGACGGGGACCACGGUUAACUUACCCGACGAACCGAACAACCUGCCCCUCAUCAGCGCCGAGCUGCAGGAUGGCACCUUCAGCAGGGACGCUCAAGUUCGACGCCUGGCGCGGCUGGCUCGCAUCCAGACCGAGAACUCCGACCGAGGCAAACGGGCGGAGGCCGCGCGCUUGAGGUCCUUCAAAAGGUACGAGACGGGCGACCUUGUCUUCGUCUACAGGAGGCUCCCACCAGGAGCCUGGAUCAAGAAGGGCCAACCUCGCUCCAUGCCUGGGCGAGGCCGCUGGUACGGACCUGGACGAGCGAUGGACUCUCUACGCUCGCGUCGCGAGCAGCCGGGGACAUGGACCUUCGGCGACGUCCAGAAGCUGCUCGACCAGAACGAGGUGAUCGACCUUUCGAACGAGUCCCCGCCUACUGGCGAGGACCUGGCCGCUGACGACGGCGAGUCUGUCAGCGCUCGCACCUUCGAGGGCAACGCGAGCGGACCCUGGGCCAUUCCUGAAGACGAGGAGGCCUUCUCCUACUACCUGCAGGAAGGCAACUUCUACGGGGACUACACCUACAGCGUCCAGCAGUACGACGAGACGAAGGAGGACGACGAGCUCAUCGUGCUGGAUAUCCCCGUCAGCAACGAGCACGCGCUCAUGGCCUACAUGGACAAUCCUCGCAAUUUCGUGGCAUCACAGGCCCGGAAGGGCCGAGUGGGAGUUUCUUUCAAGAAGGCGACGCCUGAGGAAAAGAAGCUGUUACUUGAGGCCCAGCAGAAGGAGUGUACCUCGGUCCUCAGCACGAAGGCUGUCAGGAUCCUCAGCCGCAAGGGGAUCGACCCGGCGCGCCUACUGCGCUGCCGUUUCGUGCUGACCUGGAAGAAGGACGAGCAGGGCAACGUGCUCCGAGGCAAGGCCAGAUUGGUCGUGCUUGGCUUCAGCGACCCCGAUCUACUACACCUAUGGACAGAGUCACCAGUUGCCUCAAGACGUGCACGACAACUUCUACUGGCCAUGGCAGCAAGACACAAGUGGAAGCGGGAGAAGGCAGACGCAGUGACAGCCUUCCUCCAGGGCGAGACUGACGAGGAGAAGAGGAAGAUCUACGCCGACCCGCCGAAAGAUGUUCGUCAGGCAUCCGGCAUGAAAGAUGACGAUGUACUACAGUUCCUCAAGCCUAUGUAUGGGUUUGUACAUGCUCCUCGCAAGUGGUGGCUCCAUUUCCAGGACACGCUCAGAACGCUGAAGCUGGAGAUCGUGCAGUGCGAACCUUGCGUCUGGGUCAUCCGAGUCGGCAACAAGAUGGUUGGCAUGGUCAUCCUACACGUCGACGAUAUGAUGAUUGCCGGCGAUCACAACAACUCGACCUUUCUCAAGAAACGUCAGGAGAUUCAACAAGCGUUCGAAUGGACACCCUGGGAGAGCCGAGCGUUUGUGCAGUGUGGCAUCAGCGUUCGACAGAACGAGGAUUAUACCUGCAGCCUCGCACAGGACAGCUACAGCCUGAACGUGAAGAUCAACAAGCUUAUCCGCACCAUGAAUGACACCGCCGACGUAGUCACGCUCAUCCCGGCCAUUGAGCAGAUUGCCGUGGUUGGCUGGGGCGAUGCAGCAUGGGCCGCCCGUAUCACUGGCGAGUCCCAAGGCGGAGAAAUCGUUGUUCUGGCCCCCCUGUCCUUCCUGAGUGGCUCGACAGAGACGCUGGAGUGCGACCAAGUGGACUACACCAACAAGCAGCACGUGAACGACGCCAUCUCAUCCUGCCCUGGCGUACUUGCCACAGACGGUAAGUCGGGCUACGACGCGAUCGAGAAGAGUGAGUCAGCUGGUCUCGGACUACGUGACAAGCGGACGAGCAUCGAGUGCUUGGGCAUUCGACAGCAGAAGGAGCAGACGGCCCUCCAGAUACGCUGGGUACACAGCGACGCCAUGUUAGCCGACGGAUUGACCAAGGAUCGUGCCGCCAAGGUCUUGCUGGAGUUCUUCAGAUCAGGCCAACGCUGGAGACUCGUGGACGACCCACUUCACCGCAGUGCCCGGAAGCGCAAGACCGAGGGCCUGGACAAGCUCGACCAUGGCAAGCCGAUCUCAGACGAUGACGAUGAUGCUAUGCUGGAGGCCCUGAUCUACUACGCCCGCGACAACCCCGACAAAAAGGAGAGCCCGGCUGGAGAUGCUGCCCUGUGGGGCAUGAUUAAGCCGCUCACGCGCUCUGUGCUUUCUGUGAAUUCAGUUGCCAGAGGCAGGUCUCGAUGCCGUAACAUCGAUCUUUAG